GAGCUUCGGGAGGAGCGGCAGCAGGACGGAGACCUCCCCGACCCCGCGCUUCAUUCUGAAGGCUCUAGCCGCCGCCGCCGCCGCCGCCCCGGAGCAUGCUGGGAUUUACCUGGACAUCUACCUGAGCGGAGCCUGGAGCGAUUUACCGGAUUAAUUUCACUUGCUUGUCUGCGGGAGGACUGUUAGACCACCGGUUGAAUCUGGAAGCUGCAGAGGAGACCAGUGUGAGGAUCUGAGUCUGGAUUCACUUUGUGAUCGGGUCUGUUUGACCCGCUGUAUUUACCCGGGUUACCCUAACCAGGUCAUUUAAACCAGGUGAUUGACCCAGGUGAGUGAGUGUAUCCAGGUGAUUCCUCUCAGCUGAUCCGGUGUCUACUGCCUCCUCUGCGGCAGAAAGUCUACACGGCGUCCGCUGCGCUCCGCGCAAUGCUGUUAAAAUCCUGCAGAUCCUCCGGACCCUGAUGCUGCAGGGACCCUGAAGUCACACCGGGGAGUCUGACGGCGGACAUGCUGCUGUCCGGCCCCUCCAGGCGGGACGCAGACGGCCGCUGCAGCCGGGACAGAGCGGUUGCGGCGGACGCGGACGCGGACGCGGCGGAGCGGCUGCGCUCAGUGCGGGAGAGGCUGGAGGCCACCGUGUCCGGGAUCGGGGAGCUGGACUACCUGCGGCAGCGGCAGGAGGUGCUGGUCCGGGCCGCGCUGGAGCUCCGGGAGGAGGAGGAGCAGGACCAGGACCAGGAGCGGCGGAGGGAGGCUCAGCUGAGCUCCGAGGAGAAGCUGCUGGAGGAGAACAUCCUGCUGCUCAGGAAACAGCUGAACUGUCUGAGGAGGAGGGACGCUGGUCUCAUCAGCCAGUUACAGGAACUGGACCGACAGAUCAGCGACCUGCGAUUGGACACCGAGGCGUCACAUGACCAGCUGGAGACUGACAGCCGACCCAGCUCAGGUUUCUAUGAGUUGAGUGACGGGGCGUCCGGCUCUCUCUCUAACUCGUCUAACUCAGUCUUCAGUGAGUGUUUCUGCUCGACGGCGGACGCUGACGGACGCCCCCCGUCUACAGGUACAGACCCACUCCCACCUGCCGGUUAGACCAUCGGUCGGUUCAUUGAUUAGAUGAUCAGCGGGCGAGAGGGAAGAGGGAGGAAGGUGAGGUCAGAGGUCAGAGUUUGCGUCUAACAGGACACAGAGGAGCUCAGGACUCCUGCAGCACUUUUCAGUUUAGUGUGUGAACAGAGCUGGAGUCCGUCUAUUGGGGGUUUCUGUUUCCGUCCCAGCAUCUGCCGGAAAUUAAAAAGACCUCCUCUGAGGCGCUGCUGAGAGCGUUUGUCUGCAGAAUUUAUGGGCAUUAAAGGUUUGAGCCAGUCGGGUAUG